AGAUAGAUAGAUAGAUAGAUAGAUAGAUCUGAGACUCCCUCUAUAACAUCUUAAUUAAUAAAUGUAUCUAUUUAUUUGUUUAUUCGGGAUCCCACUCAGUUGGUAGGUACCUGCUAGUCUUUUUGGGGGUCCAAUACGGACUUAAUUCAGCAGCUAGCAACUUCACGUCCCCCAGUGCUCGUACUGUUUUCUUUACAAGAAACGUUGUUGUAGUUUGUGAGUAAUAUAGAGGACUCCAAUGUAAAUAGAAUUUUGUACUUGGAAUUUCUUAUGCGUUUGAAUGCAGCAUCAGUCCCAGUUGCAACCGCAACACAACCAAGCUACAGGUGGCUAGUUUAGCUUUACGUUACUUGUGCAAGCACAGAAAAAUAACUUUUUUUGUGCAGCAUUCAUAACACCCGAAAGGAAUUUAACCUGUUUAAAGGCUGAACAACAGAAAAAUGCAGGAUCUGUGUUCGAUAAGUCAGGUCUGAGACAGUUUCUAAAGGCGCACUGCUGACAGUGGAAGUACAAAGCAGCGGGUCGCUUCAAACUUCCCUCAGACAACAUUAGCUCUCUACGUAAAGGCCGACAAUGGCGUCUAUUAUGGAGGACCCCACCCUGGAGAGACACUUCAAGGGACACAAAGAUGCCGUCACCUGUGCAGAUUUCAAUCCAAACUGCAAGCAACUGGCCUCGGGGUCAGUGGAUAAGAGCCUGAUGAUCUGGAAUCUGGCUCCAAAGGCGAGGGCCUUUCGCUUUGUCGGACACCAAGAUGUCAUCACUGGGGUGCAGUUCUCCCCAAAUGGUGAUCUGGUGGCAACUUCUUCCAAGGACAGAACGGUUCGACUGUGGACACCUUCCAUGAAAGGAGAGUCCACGGUGUUCAAAGCCCACACAGCUGCUGUACGCAGUGUUGCUUUCUCCCACAACGGCCAGAAACUGGUGACAGCCUCCGAUGACAAGUCCGUCAAGGUGUGGAGCGUUCAUCGGCAGUGCUUCGUCUACUCGCUCACCCAGCACACUAACUGGGUGCGCUGUGCCAGGUUUUCUCCCGACGGCCGGCUCAUAGCUUCCUGUGGGGACGACCGCUCCGUCCGGCUUUGGGACACCUCCACAAAACACUGCAUCAACUGUUUCACUGAUUAUGGAGGCUCAGCAACAUUUGUUGAUUUCAACUCCAGCGGCACCUGUAUCGCAUCCUCGGGUGCUGACAGCUCACUGAAAAUCUGGGAUCUGCGGACCAAUAAGCUGAUUCAGCAUUACCAAGUCCACAUGGCAGGGAUCAAUAGUUUUUCCUUCCACCCGUCCAACAACUACUUGAUCAGUGGCUCCAGCGACAGCACUGUUAAGAUCCUGGACCUUGUGGAGGGACGUCUCAUCUAUACUCUCCAUGGACACAAGGGCGCUGUGAUCACAGUGGCCUUUUCCAGGGCUGGCGAUCUCUUUGCCUCAGGGGGAGCUGAUAGUCAGGUGUUGCUGUGGAGGACAAACUUUGACAGCAAAUCUUAUCAGGACGUCCUCCAGCAACACAGCCGAAGGUCCACCCCAGAUCCCCCACCGCACCUGUCUGACAUUCAUCCCAGGAUACCCCACCUUCAUCACCCACAACCCACUGCCAUUCAGAUCAGUCGAACCGUUGCAGACACCCAGUCCACCGACCCACAUGUCAUAGAGUUGGGUCAGGCUAUUCACAGCAAUUCGCUCUCAAACAGCUGGACGCGCUCGAGGCCCACAGAGGAACCCACCGACAGACACCAUGCCAACGGUGUGCCGACACGUCAUUUUGCCAGUUCAAGGGUGGAAGGAUGGACGGGAGGUGAAAGUGCUCGCGGGGCUGGGAGGCAGACUGGAGCCGACAAGGGAGGAAAAGGAAGGAGAGAGGAAGAGGAGACAGUGCAGACGCACCCACUGGAAGUUCUCUCCGGUCAUCCGUCGAGUCUGGACUCUACCUUGCGACACAUUGUUCAACAGUUGGACAUUCUCACGCAGACUGUUUCGGUGCUGGAGGAGCGUCUCACCCUGACUGAGGACAAGCUGAAGGAGUGUCUCCUCCACCAGUCCCGGAUCCUCAAAGAGGUGCGCGAGUCAGGACAGAGGCCCAGAAGUCCAGAGAGCGACGAAACGGAUGGAUCACCUGUCAGUUUCACUUGAGGACGGCCCCGCUGCCUCUCAGACUGCAACACAAACACACGGACUGUUGUCCUGCUUAACCCAAAGACUGAUGAACACCCAUGUGGGUUUGAUUUUUAAAUGUCCACCAUGGUGGUCUUUCUCAGGGGUCAAAGGGUUAAUCAGGAUUCUGGCGGCGGUUGAAGUGAGUUUCUGUUUUCCUGUGUGUGUGUGUGUGUGUGUGUGUGUGUGUGUGUGUGUGUGUGUGUGUGUGUGUGUGUGUGUGUGUGUGUGUGUGUGUGUGUGUGUGGAAUACCAGCAUAUUAUCUCCGUGUCUUUCUUCACCUCUUAAGGACAUCCAGCUGUACAGCCAAGCAGACAUUCCAUUUCUCUGUGUGCAUGAGUGUGUGCUGCUUUGGAUGGUACGUCCAAUCUGAACAGCUGCAGCUACGAAAACAGACUGUUCUUGUCGGCCGCCUGACCUCUUUGUGCGUGUGCGUAUACGUGCAUACUUGCAAAUUAGCAGGUGUUUUUAGAAGUUCGGUGCUUAAGCAAUAAUGUUUUUUAUCGUAUCCACGGCGCAUGUUUGCGAAAUGCCAUUUUUAAACCCAAGCUGCGCACAUAUUGCCUCCUCAUGUAAAUAUAAUUUAUAUGAAUAAACAGUAUGCUAUGUUGCACUAAUUACAUGGA